GGAAAUGAGAGCAAAGAGCAUAAUUAAAAUUCUACUCCUCCUCUCAACCCCCCCAUUUCCCAACAGUUCACCGGUGGAGAAAUUAAAAACCAAUAGUGUACGUUUGCAGCAUCAACCAACAUCGCCCGGAGGCAUAAUGCAUGAAGCUCAGUGAUGAAAAUCAAGUGAAAUUAAUGGUAAUUAAACAUCAAUUGAAAUCCACAUAGUGCGAGAGUGAGUUAGUGCGUGAGUGCGAGCAAACCGAGAGUGAAUUUGACGCUGCAUACGGUAAAUCGGAUUGAACCGGCAUUUCUUUCGCGAUUCGGAAAAUCGAGCGCUGAAUUAAUGGGGAAAAUGUUAAUGCAUUUAAUUGAUGGGAACAACCGAGCGGGCAGCCAGAGCAGCAGCAGCUUAUUAUUGAUGCUUGAUUUAUUUGCUUUCAAUUGCCCUGUGUAGUGUGUUUGUUUAGUUCACGGUUAGCGUCGAGGAGUGCUAAAGUGAUUUAUUUAAAGUGAAUACUGAAACUGGAGGAGAGUAACCGAGUUGGUGCGAGCAUCGAAAGAGGAGCAGCAUUUUGAGUGAUAUCGAUCCCGACCCGAAUCCCUCACCACCACCGCCAUCAUCAUCGUUGGAUACUCUGACGCCACCGGACCAGUCCAGUCCAGUCCAGUCCUGUGACAGAAAAGGAAUUCGCUCCGGUCAUGCCCGCUGGUCAAUGAAAAUCGAACCACCCUGCACGCCGCAAAGUCAUAUCGUCCGCAUCGUCAUUCAACGAUUGAAUUAUGCUCCGGCAUGCGUCCACCUAAUGAUCCGUCGUUCGUCGUGAGCUCACCAUUCCACCAAUCAACGGUGUAUGUGUGUAUGUCAUUGUUCUGCCCGGUUCCUUAGCUUGCUGUAAGCUCGCUCGCCUAAUUGACCCCGAGUGCGUCUUCCACAUUCCCGCGCCUGUCGACGACGACGACGACGGCGGAGGAGCAACGAAACAAAGAACCAUGAAUCUUGGGUCCCAUCCAAAUAGUGAACUCGAUCAACUUUAUGCGCCGGAAAAUUGGGAUUCCUCCGGUCCGGUAGUGCCCCUGGGAGUAGUGUAGUGUUCAUUCAAUUUUGAAAUUUAUCGUCGGUAUUCUUACGCGGGAAAAACAGGCCGUACUGCUCGCUACCACCAGUUGUGAUUCCGUGCUAUAAAUAAAGUCCUGCAGUGAGGUUUUUUGUUGUUUCCUAGUGCACACGAAAAUAAAGUUUUCCAACGGUGCAAACUAGUUCCGCGCAAUAUGGCCAAGAAGAAAAAGCAGCAGCAGACCCCGACGGUGGUUCCGACGACCAGCAGCGGUGGCAGCAAUUUCCUCCAUCAUCAGAACGGUGGCGCCCACAAGAAGCUGCACAAAACUCGUGACUCGGACUGCUGCAGCAUCAAUUUUGUUAAAUACGUGCUUCAUAUAUUCAAUAUCAUCUUUUUCAUGUCCGGCUUGGUGAUACUGGGCGUCACGGUGUGGACCGUGUUCUGUAAGCAUCAGUACAUCUCGCUUCUCUCGACGACAAACUAUGCCAUCGGAACGUAUUCACUUCUGGCAGCAGGUCUCCUGGCACUGCUCGGCGGAAUCAUCGGAUGUUGCGGAGUCUGGCGGGAACAACGGCCGAUGUUGCUACUGUACACCUUCAUACUGCUAUUCGUCUUCCUGCUGGAGGCCAUCGUCGGUGGCCUCGCAUACCUGUACGAAACGCAGAUCGAACUAGAGCUGCAGCACAGCCUCAACAGCACCUUCAUGGAACAGUACGGUGUCAGCGAGCGGCAUACCGAAGCCAUCGACAGGAUGCAGCAAGAGUUCAGCUGCUGCGGUGCCGUCCGGUUCGAGGAUUGGCGCUACAGCGUGUGGCUGCGGUCUCGCCGGAAGGACCUGAUCCGACCGACCGAAGGCCGCCGGGUGCCGGAUUCGUGCUGCCUCAGCAUGACACCAAAGUGCGGCCUCAGUGACGGUCCAAGCAACAUUCCCUACACGGGUUGCAUCUACAAGAUGGCAGACGAGCUGAAGCAUAACCUCAUUCUGCUGGGUGCCAUCGGGCUGGGGAUUUGCGUGAUUCAGGUGUUCGGCAUGAUACUGUCCUGCUGUUUGUACGUCAAGCUGAAGGAUGUGCUCGAUUGACAAAAGCCAGCGGAUCCAAUAGUCGAACUAAUGGAUCCGCUGCCGGACAAUAUCAGCCUUAUCUACGGCUACGACGACCAAACGAUUUGAGCCCACGAACGAGGCCAGAUUGAUGGCGUGCGGUGAGCGAUGGACGGUCAACCGCUGGGAAAUACACGGCAUUUAUCAGAAUGAUCUUCAGGAUGAAUUUUGUAUGUCAUAAGGAUUAUGAUAAGAUGCGGUGCGCUAUGAACUAACAUCUGUACAGAGGCAAUUGGAAUUUAAGUUUAGCUUUCUAGAUGUCAGUUGAUUUUUACGAGUUUAGCUCAGAUGAAGUUUCUAAACACGUGUUAUUGUAAAGUUAUAUUUAUUACAUAGAGGAAAAGUACAACUUGUAAAUAUUGUGGCUACGUAUAAAAGUGAAAUAUAGUCAGUAGAAUCUAU